UCGAAACGUUUGUAGCGUCAAGUGGAUCGCAGCCUUAACCUAUCAGAGAAUGCAAAUGGAAGACGAGUUGAAAAAGUAAAGUUGAAUGGCAGAUUACUUCACACUGUUCUGUGAUUGGCGUACGAAGUCAUGUCCCCUCACUCCCAUGAUAUAUAUAUCAUGCUCGCUUCCAACAACGGCAACAACAGUCCGCGGCGAUUCGUUUCAAAGUAUGAUUUUUGAGUGUAUUCGAGCGUAGUGAAAUGAUUUAUUGUUGUGUACGAAUUUGUGGAAUAACAAGUUAAAAAGAAGAGAUCCACAAUUGAAGAGAGAAACACAAUUGUCACAAAUUCGUCCGACAGAUAACAUUGAAUUGUGUUCAAUUGCGAAUGUCAAGUACACGCCGACACACACGACGUGUACUUCGUGAAUGUUAACGAAAGAUAAAUGAGUUUACAAGAUAGCCUGUUUUCCGAGGAUGUCGAACACGACGUAAUCGUCUUUACGAAGGAUAAGACACGUAAGAGAGUGCUCGUCUUUCCGCCCGUCAACAAUUAUCGUCGGUUCAUUAUACAUCAGCUGAUACAGGAUCGUUUCUCGGAUUUGCUGCAUACAUUUUCGAUCGGCCAAGGUUCGGCUAGGCGUACUGUAGUAUGUUACAAGACCGAUGUGAGAAGCGAUUGGAACCCAAAGCCGAAUUUUCCUGAGUCUAAGACAAACUUUGUGACAAAACAAAAGGAUACGAUUCACGGAAUGGGUAUCGAAGGCCGACGCUCACCCUCCACAUCUCCAGAAUGCAAAUUGCAGCGGCAAGCCAAGUCAGUACCAACAGUUGAGAUAUAUAGACCACCAGCGGCUAGGAAACUUAACAAUUGUUCACAGAUAAAUAGUACACAGACACAAGUACAAUCGACUACAGAUUUUUCGGUCAAGAAUGUACGUCAAAAACGACCUGAUCGGGCGGUUUAUGUACCUAGGCAUCGCAGAAGUUUAGAAAUGGAAGAUAAAAAAUCACAAAGUUUGAAAGUUUCUCACACGACGUUAAAUGGAGAUUCAAUUAUAAAUAAUAAUUCUAAACUACAAGAUGUAUGUUGUAGUCAACAAAAUGUAGACGAUCUGACUUCACAUAAUCAACUCUCUGAGAGUUGCAACACGAAGCUCGAGGCUAAACAUUUCCUACGAAAUAUUUCAAAAAAUGUAGUUUCUUUAGGUUCUAGUAAAAUCUCUGAUACUCUCGAUAAUACCGAACAUAUGUAUAAAUUUUCGGAACAACUAAAAGAUGUGCCAAUUUUAUCCAAAGAGAAAGAAACUGUCGCAAUUAACAACCUGGACGAAAAUAGUACUAAUUUCAAUCUGUUGGAGCCAUCCAAUCAAAUUGAAAUUAAUGACAAGCAAUUAGAAAAGAUACAAGAAAUUGUGAACGAAGAUCAAUCCUCGAUCGAAUAUUUAAAUUGUAGCGAUGUAAAUGAUCAUAAGGAUAGACAAUUAAUUGAACAGAGUGUAGUAUCGGAUGUUCUAAUAAUUUCCGAUACUAUUCAAAAGAAAGCCAAACAGUCUGAACUUUCUCCAAUUCUUGUAACACCACCCGAGAAAAAAGUAAAAAAAAUAGAAAGGCAAAAAAGCAAACCGGUUCCACCACCUUCUCCACCUCUGAAAAUGAAUAGAGACGAAUGUGAUUGGGAUAGUUUAUUUGACGAUAAUGGCGAUUGUUUAGAUCCAACAUUAAUAGAAGAGCUUACGUCAGCAGUAGGUGAAGUAGUGAUAGAACAACCAAAAAACGAUUAUAAAGCAUACAGCAAACAAGUCGAAGUGUCCAGUGACGAAUUUGCACAUGUCGUAGAAAUUUAUAAUUUUCCUUCUGAGUUCAAAACUAGCGAUUUGGCAGCUGUCUUCAGUUCUUUUAAGAAUGGUGGUUUUGAGCUCAAGUGGGUGGACGAUACUCAUUGUUUAGGAGUUUUCAGCAGUCCUCUUGUUGCUGCCCAAGUGUUAGCAUCGAAUCAUCCAUUUGUGAAAACAAGACCACUUAGCGAAGCUACUGCUUUAAGUAAAACGAAAGCUAGAAGAAGCGCAGAAUUCUUGCAACCUUACAGGAAUCGUCCCGAAACAUGCGCUGCCUUAGCUAGACGAUUAGUUACAGGUGCAUUGGGUGUGAAACUUGCUACAGCUAGACAAGAACGUGAGCACGAAAAGAAUAUAUUACGUGAAGCAAAAGAAAAAAGACGAUUAGCUAACAAACAACGAGAGGAUGUUUGGGAGGGCAUAAUACCUACAAAGUAGCAUUGUAUAUCGCUAAUAUAGAAUAUUUGUAAGGAUUUGUACCUCAUUGUAUAGUAUACGCAUUCACAUUAUUUACAUAUGUGGCUGCGUAAUUGACAUAGCUAACCACGGCUCGCAUAAUGUUAUUCUCGCAUUAGCGCGCAUGCGUUAUUUGUGCCUUACUCGUCCAUUCUUUACAUUGAAUGACAAAUAGAAAAUUGGACAUACAUUUCCCCAAUUUAUCCGCUUUGAUACAGAAAAUCUAUAAUAAUUUAUCAGUAAAUAAA